AUGACUGCUGUGCUUCAACAAAGCCUAUCUGCCAAGCAAUCCAUACAUUUCAUGCCUACAGAUGUGAGUGAUGAAGCUGAAUAUAUAAAAAAAGUGUCUACUUACAUUUUAUGUAUUAGUAGUGCUUUAAUUAAUGAGCAAAAGGCAAUUGUGGAUAUUAUGGGUAUUAAACCCUUUUUUGAUGUUGAAGUACCUGAGACCACAACUUACCCUUUAUCUGAAUAUAUAAAAGAUUUACGUGAUGCACUAAAAAAAGAUGAAGCCAUUAUCUUCCAUUUAUGGAAAGAUGCUAUUAUUCACGCAGAAGGAAUAUACUCUAGCAUUGGCAGAAGAGAUGGGAACAUAGGUUAUACAACAAAUAAUGAUUACCUUAAUGCGUUAGACAAAAUUACAGACUCAACUCGUUCUAAAUUAUCGAAUCUACUUUUAGAAUUGUCUAAGCUUAAUGUAGAAUAUAGAAAUGCAAUGUAUGAAUUAAUUAUGCAGGCGCAAAAAUGUAAACCUGAAAUUACAAUUUUGAAACAAUAUAUAUUUCUAUAUGAUUUGGGAUCAGAGUGCAGAGCAUUAAUGGAUUUCCGAAAUACAUGGCACAAGGUGGUUGGUCUUGAGUUCACCCAUCUUUAA